AAAUUGCAGUUAUCAGUUUUUUAGAAUAUGUACUUACUUACUCUCGGAUAUUGCCCCAAAAACACAUCCUUUGUGUUGUGCUUGAUUCUUAAAAUACCUGACUCAAAUGCGUAUCUUUUUCCGUUGUGUGUGACAAAGCAGUUUUUAUUUUUAGUCACUUAAUUAGACUGGGCUUAGAAAAAUGGACAAACGCCAAGGCUGGGUGCUAGUGAAACAAGCUGAGUCCGAAGAUUCAAUAGUCAAGUCUUCAGAUUCCGACGAGUCUGAUGAUAGCAUUAGCAUUGUACAUCUAACUGAUAGCCCCUCUGAAGAAGACGAGUCUGCCCCUCAUCAGAAAGAACUGCAGGACAUUGAAAGCAUUUCAAGUGAAACUUACCACCAACACGAACGUGACGCGGCACUAACCGAAAACCCACAUGCUCAACCAAUUUCUUGUGAAUGCUCAACCAUUGAGGAAGAACCUGAUAAACCUGAAGAAGCAAUCUUGCGUCCAAAUAAGGAUGUAAUUUCUAGUGUGGAAAAAGCCGAGGAUUUGAUGGAUAGUAAAGAACCUACUUCAGUUGUUGUUCUCGAAGAAUCAAUUCACCAUAUGAAAGGUGUUGCAAAAUGCCAAUCAGUCUCAGAUGAGUAUCAGCACGCUCAAACAACAGCUUCUGAUCAAAAUGGUGCAUGCGAAGGAAAAUUAAUGCAACCAGAGUUGGAAGCGCAAGAAGGUCCGAGAGGCAAAGAAGAAAGAUCACACAAAGAGGCAGAUUUAAAAGUGAAGCUCACCCAGCACGUUGAUUCACUAGUUGUCGGCGACAUUUUGGACAGAAGCCCCUUUACCAUUACAACUGUAAUUCCGCAGGAUCCUGCCCCUUUACUUGAAGAGUCGGGCAUAGAUAUGAGGACCGGAAUGUACUUAGCUGUAAACCCUGAACCCGCAACUGCACAAGCUGACUCAAACCCAGAAAAAAUCGUCGAAACUUUCGCCGAAACACCGUUAGGUUUACAGCCCGUUAAAAGCGCAGCUCCAAGCGAACAAUCAAUUCUGGAUAACAAAUUACUUGAUCACUCAAGUGUAGGUCUACUUUCUUCAACUAUCAAAGAAAGGUCAAUUACAGAUAAAAGGGUGAUUCCAGCAAGGCGCUCAUCUUUAUGUUGUUCAAAACGAUGUAAAAUUAAAGCUACCAGAACGUGCUUUAUAACUGAUAAAGCACCAAGCAAAGAGUAUAAGACAAGCCAUGGUUCUCGAGCAACAAAUAUUUCAAACCGAGCCAGUAAGGCAAAACACCUCAAAAGAAAUAAGGGCGGCUUCGAUCUGAACAACUACCCAAAUUUAGUGCCAUGCAUCAUCGGUCUGACUUUUAUGAUACUUAUACUUGAAGUAUAUGUGUUGGACGCAGCCAGAGCUUCCAGAGAUCGACCGAAGCAAGAAAAAAAUGUUAUUUUUGAUUCUUCAACAGCAAGACGUAUUAAGGUAUUUGACAAGAUGGACCGUCUUGUUCCAAACGACUGGGCGUUUAAUCAGCCCGGUCGUCUGAAGCAACGAAAUAAAUUGCGAUACAGACUCAGAAAUUUCUGCUAAUUUCUUAUUCGAGGAACCGGCGACCAUUACAAAUUUGCUGACUUAUAAUAAAUGCUUGUAGCUUUUUUCGUUAUUUAAUGUAAAACUAGAAUGCUCUAUUUUCAAAUCUACAUUUGAGAGAUUGCAAAUUGGACUCCGCCUGAAAACUGUUUCUUACCGUAAAUUAGAAUCUAUUUAAGUUUUUAAUUGGGGAAUUUAGUAGGUUUUAUUUUUGUCAGUGUGCUACUUAGUAUAAUUGACGGUAAUAAUGUAUUGUUUGAAUGUACAAGAAGUGAGAUUGAUGAGAUUUGUGAGACUGAAUUUUAACGGAUUAAAUACGGCAAAUGUAUUACAAUUACGUAAAAUAUAAGAUUUAUAUUAAGGAGAUUUAAUGUUAACUGUCGAUUGGAAUAAAUAAAUACAUUUUUA